GCGCCACAGGAACGAUGCAUGCCGGGACGGGGAGUUUCAGUCUCUGAACGGCCCGGAGUGUCGUCUUUCCCCUUCUGACUGCCGCCACUCCGCAGUCCAGAAUAUUUGAAGAUCAAACCGAACUUGAGAGACUAAUGAGAAUGGUCCCUUUUUAUUCCUAACAGAUUCCUUCCGUGGCAAAGUAACCGGUCGUCUUCCGUUUCCGGUUGCCCUGUUGCCGUGGUAACCACACGCAUAACAGCUGUGGUGGUUAUGGCUGGCCUGAGCGGCGCGCAGAUCCCGGACGGGGAGUUUACCGCGGUAGUGUACCGGCUCAUCCGCGAUGCCCGCUACGCCGAGGCGGUGCAGCUGCUGGGCCGAGAGCUGCAGCGGAGCCCUAGGAGCCGCGCCGGCCUGUCGCUGCUAGGCUACUGCUACUACCGCCUGCAGGAGUUCGCGCUGGCGGCCGAGUGCUAUGAGCAGCUGGGCCAGCUGCACCCGGAACUGGAGCAGUACCGCCUGUACCAGGCCCAGGCCCUGUACAAGGCCUGCCUUUAUCCGGAGGCCACUCGGGUUGCCUUCUUUCUCCUGGAUAACCCCGCCUACCACAGCCGGGUCCUCCGCCUGCAAGCUGCCAUCAAGUAUAGCGAGGGCGAUCUGCCAGGGUGCAGGAGCCUGGUGGAGCAGCUGCUGAGUGGGGAAGGGGGAGAAGAAAGUGGAGGCGAGAAUGAGACCGAUGGCCAGGUCAACCUGGGUUGUUUGCUCUACAAGGAGGGACAGUAUGAAGCUGCAUGCUCCAAGUUUUCUGCCGCACUGCAGGCCUCAGGCUACCAGCCUGACCUUUCCUACAACCUGGCUUUGGCCUAUUACAGCAGCCGACAGUAUGCCUCAGCGCUGAAGCAUAUCGCUGAGAUUAUUGAGCGUGGCAUCCGCCAGCACCCUGAGCUAGGUGUGGGCAUGACCACCGAGGGCUUUGAUGUUCGCAGUGUUGGCAACACCUUAGUCCUCCAUCAGACUGCUCUGGUGGAAGCCUUCAACCUUAAGGCAGCCAUAGAAUACCAACUGAGAAACUAUGAGGUAGCUCAAGAAACCCUCACUGACAUGCCACCCAGGGCAGAGGAAGAGUUGGACCCUGUGACCCUACACAACCAGGCACUAAUGAACAUGGAUACCAGGCCUACAGAAGGGUUUGAAAAGCUACAGUUUUUGCUCCAACAGAAUCCCUUUCCUCCAGAGACUUUUGGCAACCUGUUGCUGCUCUACUGUAAAUAUGAGUAUUUUGACCUAGCAGCAGAUGUCCUGGCAGAAAAUGCCCAUUUGACGUAUAAGUUCCUCACACACUAUCUUUAUGACUUCUUGGACGCCGUGAUCACUUGCCAGACAGCUCCUGAAGAGGCUUUCGUUAAGCUUGAUGGGCUAGCAGGGAUGCUGACUGAGCAGCUUCGGAGACUCACCAAGCAAGUACAGGAAGCAAGACACAAUAGAGAUGAUGAAGCUAUCAAAAAGGCAGUGAAUGAAUAUGAUGAAACCAUGGAGAAAUAUAUUCCUGUGUUGAUGGCUCAGGCAAAAAUCUACUGGAAUCUUGAAAAUUAUCCAAUGGUGGAAAAGAUCUUCCGCAAAUCUGUGGAAUUCUGUAACGACCAUGAUGUGUGGAAGUUGAAUGUGGCUCAUGUUCUGUUCAUGCAGGAAAACAAAUACAAAGAAGCCAUUGGUUUUUAUGAACCCAUAGUCAAGAAGCAUUAUGAUAACAUCCUGAAUGUCAGUGCUAUUGUACUGGCUAAUCUCUGUGUUUCCUAUAUUAUGACAAGUCAAAAUGAAGAAGCAGAGGAGUUGAUGAGGAAGAUUGAAAAGGAGGAAGAGCAGCUCUCUUAUGAUGACCCAAAUAGGAAAAUGUACCAUCUCUGCAUUGUGAAUUUGGUGAUAGGAACUCUUUAUUGUGCCAAAGGAAACUAUGAGUUUGGUAUUUCUCGAGUUAUCAAAAGCUUGGAGCCUUAUAAUAAAAAGCUGGGAACAGAUACCUGGUAUUAUGCCAAAAGAUGCUUCCUGUCCUUGUUAGAAAACAUGUCAAAACACAUGAUAGUCAUUCAUGACAGUGUUAUUCAAGAAUGUGUCCAGUUUUUAAGACACUGUGAACUUUAUGGCACAAACAUACCUGCUGUUAUUGAACAACCCCUGGAAGAAGAAAGAAUGCAUGUUGGGAAGAAUACAGUCACAGAUGAGUCCAGACAAUUGAAAGCUUUGAUUUAUGAGAUUAUAGGAUGGAAUAAGUAGUUAUGGCUGAUAGUGGCUUUUUUCAAAAUGGCUUUCUUACCUAUCACACUUUUUUAUCUGUAUUUAGCCUUGGCAUCUUUAUAUUUGUCUUAUUUUGAAUCUUAUCCACUUUAUAAGUGGAUAAGAUUCAAGUUUAUGUUUGAGCAACUUUUUCAUUUAAUCCAGAAGAGUAGGGACUAUGCAGUGUAAGCUGCAUCACUUCUGCUUUCUUCCUACUAGUGACAAUCAUCUGGUCUUGCUCUCAAGCAACAAUUGCUAGAGUAACAUCUUUGUAUAAGCAAGUAACCCCAGAUAGAGUUGACGUUUCAGCUUUGGACUGUCAAAAGGGUAUGUCGUGGGCCAGAGCACUGUUAGUAUGGGUAUGUUUGCAUUUGGUCACUGAUAUGUAAAUGAUUGCUAGCCCACGGCUGGACCACUUCUCAAUCAGCAAAUAAAGCCAUGUCUAUUUUGCUAUCUCAGGAUAGACUAUGCUGUCUAAUAAAUCUAAUUCUUAACUCUAUUUCUCCAGUUUUUUAGUCCUUUAACUUUCUGGAUUGCAACAAAGUCUAGUUUAGACCUUCCCUAAGCACUUUUAGAAGUACAAGUAUAUGGGAAUUUCUUUUCUUGGUUCUUUUCAGGUUAUGAGGUUUGGUCAGUGACAUAAUAUUUUUUCAUAAUUUGGUUGAUUGGUUGCUUCUUAAGUUUUAUAAUAAACGUUUUUCUUCAUGUUCUAUUUUUGAUUUUACAGAAAUGAUUUUGCCUUCUUGUGGAUACUGACAUAUAUUAAGUGUGGAAGCUUAUUAAUAUUUUCAGUUUUUUAAAAACUGAAAUUUUUAAUUUUUACUUUUUAAUUUUUUAGGAAAAAAUAAGCACUGAACUGAGAAUGAGAAGACUAAAAGUAUGAGUUCCAUACCUUCUAAUUUUAGGCUUUCAGAAAUUCCUUUAUUCUUUGGGGUUUCAUAAUCAUUUGAGCUAUCAGAAGCCUUUACAAUUACUUUUGGCUGUAACAUCUGAUUCCGUAUAGAAAAAAAUUGCCUUUCUUUUUUGUGACCUGGAUAUAUAAGCAAAUCAGCCAGGAAAUAUAUGAUUGUAUUUUAUAUUAAUGUUUUCUAGGAUUUUGGCUUACAGUAAAUGUUAACCCCUGUGGUGAUUGUUAUUGUUGGAUGUUAUACUGAUUAUUAAUAAGAAAUUUGGAUUUUUGCCUUUUUACCUGGAA